GAAAUUCGUGAAAAUCUUGGUUGGAUAGUUAUAGUUCAAAGUUAUAGUUACCUAGUAAUUUGAUUAUUAUUGAAUUUGAUUAAUAAAUAUUAGCAUUAAAAAAAAGUAUUUUUAGAUUAUUACAAAAUUAAGCAUAAAUUACAAUACUUUUUGAAAUAUAACCGUAGCUGGGUACAAACCAAAAGUGACAAUGGGAUUUAAGUCAGCAGCAUUAUCAUUUAGUGUACAAGCAGAAUGUAAAACGUCGAGGGCUCGGGCUGGGAUAAUGAAGUUACCUCAUUACGAGGUUAGAACCCCUGUGUUUAUGCCGGUAGGAACGCAGGGUACAAUGAAAGGACUGCUGCCAGACCAGCUGGAAAGUUUAGACUGUGAAAUAAUAUUAGGGAACACAUAUCAUUUAGGCAACCGACCUGGCACUGAGGUACUGAAGAAGGCUGGGGGCCUCCACAAGUUCAUGGGAUGGAAUCGAGCACUCUUAACAGACUCUGGUGGCUUCCAAAUGGUGUCUUUAUUGAAGUUAGCAGAAAUCACUGAGGAAGGUGUCAAAUUCAGAUCUCCCUAUGAUGAUUCAGAGAUAAUGUUGACUCCAGAAAAAUCUAUUGAGAUUCAAAAUUGUAUUGGUGCAGACAUCAUAAUGCAAUUAGAUGAUGUAGUACAAACUACAUUCCAAGACUAUGACCGAAUUAAAGAAGCAACUGAAAGAACUAGCCGGUGGCUGGACAGAUGUUUGAGGGCUCACCGGAAACCCACAGAACAAAGCAUUUUUCCUAUAGUUCAAGGCUUGCUUAAUUCAGAUUUGAGAACACAGAGUGCGAGAGAACACAUGACUAAAGAAGUAAAUGGAUUUGCUAUCGGAGGAUUGAGUGGAGGAGAAGCAAAGGAUGACUUCUGGCCUAUGGUGAAACUUGGCACAGGAAUCCUAGACAACAAUAGACCAAGAUACUUAAUGGGUGUUGGACUAGCCAUUGACUUAGUUGUUUGUGUUGCCCUGGGAGUAGACAUGUUUGACUGUGUAUUUCCCACAAGAACAGCUAGAUUUGGAUGUGCAUUAAUCAACACAGGUCAGCUAAACUUGAAGCAACAGAAAUAUGAAACAGAUUUGAAUCCCAUUGACAGAGACUGUUCAUGUUCUACCUGCAAAAACUACACUAGAUCUUACUUACACUGCAUUGUGACAGUUGAGACUGUCGCUUGCCAUUUGAUAUCUGUCCACAACAUUGCUUUCCAGAUGCGCCUUAUGAGGACAAUGAGAGAAAAUAUUGAAAAAGGAACAUUCCCUCAGUUUGUUCACAAGUUUGUAAACGACCUCUACCCUGAUGGGAAUUACCCUAAUUGGGUUGUAAAUUCAUUAAAUUCAGUUGGAAUAAACAUAUAUAAAAAGUGAUUCUUUUUUUAUUGA